AAUGAGCUCGAGAAGAUAGAGGGCUGUUAGAACGUCCUCGAGAAAGAACAGAGGUCUAUACAAACUGGUCUGUACAAUUUUUUUUUGAUUGAGCCAAGAUUUGAGAUCCGACAUGUUUCACAGAGCUAAGAAUUCCUCUUGGAUGAGCUUGCCACAGCUCGAGGGCAGUGUGCUUAUCCCGCCGUCGGCAAAUUGGUAUUUCCCGCACAUUUUAGACUUGCAUUCGAGUGGAAUUGCUGCAUACGGUGCUAAAAAUUUCAUUAUCUUAGUGAAUAUUUUUAGCCAGCACAUCGUGGGUACACUCGAAGGGCAUGACGCACGAGUGACCAGCGUUGCUUAUUUUUCGAGUCCAGGACAGGUCUUCCUUGCAUCGGGGUCGGCAGAUAAGCGGGUCAUAAUAUGGGACUUGAGCUCUCAGCGUGUCGUACGCCGAUAUUCUGCCGAACACAAGGCUGAAAUUACGUCUGUCGUUGCGUCCUCUAGUGGGUCCUGCAUAGUUGUUUCCGGAGACAAGGAUGGCCGAAUCGUAAGCCGUCACAUACAAGAAACGCCAUCUUUGGAUGCGACGGUGCUCAACGCGCGUCCUAUACCGACACCCAUAUCCUGUAUGUUGUUUAAUCCAGAGGACUCCAACGAGCUUUUGGUUGCCUAUGUGAAUGGAGCGGCGUUGGUGCUUAAUCCAUGGAGCGGACAGGAACUCGCUAGACUUGCGACUCAGCCAGACCAAAUUCAGAGCAUGGCUUGGUGCCGUGGCCCUAUUUCUCUAGACGGGCGGGAGAUGAAACUGGGAUGCGUGGCCAUGGCUCUCAGAAACCGACAGGUACUCAUCUGGGAGCGAGAGCGUUGCUCUGACGAUACGGCAAUUGAGUACAAAAUUUGUCAAAAAUUCAGCAUUCCCCAAAGCAGCGGUCAGGAGCGCUCGCACGCGUGGUAUUCGGUUCAUUGCACUGAAAUAGACCCGUUGGCAAAAUCACCUAUGAUAUUGGUCAGCGGGGCGUCGGGAGAACUCUGGAAGUGGGACUACGUAGGUGCAAGCUGCAAAAAAUUUUCGUCGAGUCACACACGAAAUGUGUUCGCUAUUAAAUCCGUUGAGGGGAGAUGGGCCGUAAGCAUAUCAAUGGACAGAACUAUGUGCGUGUGGGAUUUAAGAAAGGCUAGUAAGUACUGGGAGUUGACGUCCAUGGGCGGAUACGUUUAUUCAAUCGAUGAAUCUUAUCUCGAACCGGGACUGGUAGCAUCUGGAAUAGGUGACAAUACAAUUCGAGUAUGGUACGCUCGUGACGCGGCAAUGCUCGAACUCAAGCGCUAUGCAGAUGCUCCGGCCAAGACAAGUUUCAUCCCCGCUCUCUAUUCCUCGAUACUUAUUUGGAAGGGUCUUUCUUCCAAGGUGACGGUUGUGCGGUGGCACCCUAAAGAGGAGGGCAGACUCGCCUACGGAACAGAAACGGGCGUUACCGGGUUGUUGGAUGUCUCCUGUCCAAACAGCAAGCACGUACAAUUCGAUGCACGUCCGGGAACGGGUGUCAUAUACGAACUCCAAUUCGGUCCUAGACUUAAAGGGGGCGAUCAAAGAGACGAACUGGUCCUGUAUGGAUGCUCAUCAAGUGGAUGCAUAUUUGCCUAUGACCCACACCAAGAAUCAAAAAGACCAAAUCAAAACGUCUUUAUCUCAAACCUAAAUGAUCUAAUUGCCAAUCCCACCGACACUCUGGGAUAUCUGUCCGAACGUACGGCCAAGACCUGGACGUCCUUCCCGAAGCGUACGGAUUUCGCCUUUGACGCGUCGCUUCGUCACUUACUGAUCGGGAAUUCGGAUGGCUCUACCGAACUCUAUCUCGUCGAGCAAGGACUGCACGUGCUCGAUGCCGCCCGCGACCACCAAAAGCUGGUCAAUAGGAUCAAGUGGAACCCGGCGCCCGCCUCGUGGAGUAGCUGGGUCGCCACGGCUGGAGAAGAUACCGUUAUCUUCGUCUACAACUUUUCACCUAUUUUGGAAAAUUCGAAGCGGGUCGCUCCGCAAGAGCACGAAGCUUGUCUCCAGUGGAAGUUGACUGGCCACGCUAAGUCGGUCGUUGACGUUUCUUGGUGUCCCACGUCGCCUCAUUUGCUUUUGUCCGCAUCGUACGACCGUCUCAUUUGCGUGUGGGAUGUAAGGACUGGACAGGCCGUCAAGCACGUUCGCUGUCAUUUGGGCAAGGUUUUUUGCGUGAGUUGGAGUUCGAUGUCGGACGAGCUUCUUUUUUCCGGAUCCGAAGACCAAACACUUCGGAUGACCCACCUCAGGUCUUCGUCGUGCAGGUCUGGUCCAAGUGCGCCUCAACGGGCGCCGGAUACGACUGAAUUGCCUCGGACGGACGAGACGCCCUGUCCAGUCGACAAUGGUGCCUCUCUGUCGGCGUCGUCCGAGCCUCCUCCAAAGAAGAACAAGAAGGCGCCGAACAGCGCUCUCGCCUCGAGCGGCCAGCUCAAGGGGUCCAAUUCUCUAUUUCCGCGCCUCCUGAAGCCAGAAGGAGAGGCCCAGACUUUGGCGAGCAUCGCGGAGUUCGUCCGAGGAAAGUUGAAGUCGGAACGGCUCGACGCAGAACAAGACGACCUUCUUUUUUUAAUGCCGGACGACCAGCCAUGCAAGAACCCCUCGUCUUCAACGGAGAACGACGAAGUCAUCGAAAGCCCCGGAGAUUCCAAAAAAAACACAGCUGAUGCAGCACUAAUAACUGAAUGCUGGCGCGGCAAAAUCUUCGAAGCCAUUCAAACAAUCAUCCACCAAGGAAGACUAGAUGACCACUGGGUCUCUUGGUCUAUCUCCGGCGGAUACUCACUCUGGAAACAAACCUGUCUGAACUAUGCAAAACAGCUCGAAACGCGGGGCGAUGUACACAAAGCCGCUAUGUAUGUGCUAUGUACGGGAAACCUUAUGGAUGCACUAGAUGUGUACCAGCGAGCGAGCCUCUUCCCCGAUGCCCUGGCGCUAGCGAGGGCCCGCUUGCCUGCGGGCCACCCAAAAAUCGAGCAGAUAUGCACUGCCUGGGCCAACUACUUUUCCCACCAAUCUCUUCGUCUAUUGGCUGCGAAAUGUCACCUAUGUAUACAAAACUAUGCACAAUGUGCUCGCCAUCUGCUUCUAGGCAACUGCCUGCCUCAUCUCAAGACAGCCGUCCAAGUCGUCGAACUGGGCCUCCUGAAUCAAGGAGACUCGGCCGAGCUACUCACCUUGAGACGCCAACUACUCGUCAAACUCGUCUAUCGAGACUAUUCCGACCACCUGGCUCCCGUAAGUGACCUCGCAACAUUACUCCCAUUCCAUCUUUUGACCGAAAUGCCCCACCUGCUCUUUGUAAUCCUCGUCCACGUGCACUUCCUGCACCCGAAUCCUGAAUGGACUUCUUACCACUCCGACUUCAUACUUCAACUCUCGAAACCCGUCCAACACUCUCCACUUCCCACCGACCGACUAGCCCGUCUAAACCACCCUCAAUUUGUCGACGACUUAAAAAAAAUACCCCCUCACUCUAAAGACGAAAUAAACUCUGAUAGACACUCGCUGAAAAACGCGGCCUCUAUCCAUCUUCACUCAAUCUGCACGUUCCUCACCACGCUCCUAGAAGAUGACGUCACCGCCAUUGAGCACUUACUCUCAUCUAUCCAAUGCUCAGUACAACAACGCAAUGAAUCCAACUUUCUUCAACUCGUCGACACGUUCCUGCUUCCAUUGUCCUCCAUUCCAGAUCUUCCCCAUCCCCUCCCCGAUUGUAUCAAACACUGUACCGACUGCUCCCAGCUCCUCCAUAACUCAAACGCUCUAUCCGAACUCCUCCGCUCGGCCAACCCCACCGACGCCUCCUCUUUUUUCUCGACCGUGAGACCAAAAAUCGUCUCUCUCUCUCGCGAGCACCUGUCCCUCCCCGCACCCCCCUCCAAGCACACUCUUUCCGACUCCGUCACGCAGCUCAACGUCACCCUUCAAAACCUAGAAACGCGGCAAAAACUCACCGACCCCUCCCAAUCCAGCAAGCGCAAAGAUCGGCAAAAAAAACGCAAACGAAUCCCCGACCAGCCGCUCCGCUCCUCCUCGCCUCCCCCCGAUUCCACCGCCCAGCAUAUACAACACCGCAUCCAAGAACUGCACCAACAACUACUACACUUCGAUCCACACCAAGACAUUCUCUCCUCCCUCAUCGACUACAAAUCUCACUGCCUCCUAAAGCUCAUUCACUCCUCCCCCACCGAAGACCACGAGCUGUCCAGCAUAGCCUCCGACCUGCAAGCGUCCCACUCCGCCACGCCAACCAACCCCUGAAACUUCAAAGCGCCCCCCACCAGCACGCACGCGUCGAUCCGUACAUACUGUGCACCAAGCGCGCAAUACAUGCAAGCACCGUUGUGCCCUCAUGCCGUCAAAGCACUCAACCACCGCUCCGCCGCCGUGACACGUACUCGCGACAUCAACACCGCGUCGACGCUUCACGCGGACAGAGAGCUGCCAAAAAAAUAAGAGAUGUCAUAUUUGCGCAAAAACAUGUACCCAACCACACAAAAAGUAUACAAUCAAUGAAAACCUA